UCUCUGUAUCUCUUUCUCUCCGCUGUCGUAUAUCGUAUCUUUUCUCAGGCAAAUGACACGCUACCCUUUGCCUUUCUCCCGUUCUCUCGUCGUCGGAGCUUAAAUUUUGUUUGUUUUCGCGGGUUCUUGGCUUUCAGAUUUCAUAUUCCAUAUUCAACUGCUGUGAUUGACUAAACAGAGAUUUGUUACCGAGGAGCCGUUGGAAUUGAUGAAACCCUGGUUAUUAUGUCUGGAUUAAUUGAAGGUCUUCCUGAUCCUGUUGCCCUUAGGUGCCUAGCACGGGUUCCCUUCUACCUAUAUCCCAAGUUGGAGCUUGUUUCUCGUUCCUGGAGAGUUGCCAUUCGUAGCCCCGAGCUGUUUAAAGCUCGAGAAGAGGUUGGCUCGGCAGAGGAACUUCUUUGCGUAUGUGCCUCUGACCCUGAGAAUUUAUGGCAGAUGUAUGAUCCUCUCCGUGACCUUUGGAUAACUCUUCCUGUCCUUCCCUCGAAGAUCAGGCACCUUGCCCACUUUGGUGUAGUCUCCACUGGUGGAAAGCUGUUUGUUCUUGGUGGUGGGAGUGACUAUGUCGACCCAUCCACCGGCGAUCAAGAUGGGAGCUUUGCAACCGAUGAUGUCUGGUCAUAUGACCCCAUAAUGCAUCGGUGGACGCAACGUGCACCAAUGAUCUUACCUCGUGCCAUGUUUGCAUGUUGCGUUUUGAAUGGAAGAAUCAUAGUUGCCGGUGGUUUCACCAGCUGCAGAAAAUCUAUAUCUCAAGCGGAAAUGUAUGAUCCCGAGAAGGAUAUUUGGAUUCCAAUACAAGAUAUCAACCGCACUCACAAUUCAGCUUGUACAGGAUUAGUUAUUGGAGGAAAGAUGCAUGUCCUGCACAAGGGGUUAUCUACAGUGCAAGUGUUGGACAAUGUGGCAUCCGGGUGGACAGCCGAGGAUUACGGUUGGCUCCAAGGUCCAAUGGCAGUUGUACCGAGAGCCCUGUACGUGAUGAGCCAUGGACUUGUAUUCAAACAGGAAAAAGAAGUGAGAAAGGUGGCGAUUUCCGCUUCUGAGUUUCGUAGGAGAAUUGGAUUUGCAAUGGCAGGACUAAGAGAUGAAUUUUUCGUGAUCGGAGGGUUGAUAGGCCCCGAUCGUUAAUUGGGAUAUCAAACCAGUUUCCGAUGGUUGAUAUCCUGACGAUCGGGGUGAUAGACCAACAUGGCGUCAGGCAGCUCCGAUGACAAAUGCAGAGGAACAAUAUUUGGAUGUUCUCAGCUAAUUUAGCUCCUCACUUGAUCUUUGUAUGAUUUCCCUCUGUUGUGAUUUAAGAGUA